AUGGCCACAGGACCGGUGGAGGUGGAAGCCAGCUGCGCCAUCUGCGGAGCCCCGCCCUUCCCAGAAUGUCCCCACGAAGGACAGAGAUUAGAGCUGGCGCUGAACCAGGCCAUGGAAAGAUGGGAAGGGUAUCAGAGGAUACGUGACUGGAUCCUCAACCACGCCCGCAACCAAAUCAUCACAACCUUCCACGCGCUCCGCUCCAUGCGCAUGGAAGCCCACAGAAACUACCUCCAAACCCUCCCCUACUACACCCUCUACCACCGCUACAACGGGCGCCCACCCCUCCAACCCGCCCAGCUCCAACUAAUCCACUCGCAAAUCGAGCAAGCCAACACCAUCCUCCAACAAGGCGUCGACCAAGACUGGCGCACCUCCUGUCUGCGCUACCCGGAAGUGCUGGAUUACUAUUUCGGGCUGGUGGAGUUUGGGUUGCCGAGUGAUAAGGCGCCUGCGAUUCGGGAGCCGCGGUUUGGGGCGCCGGCGAAGGAGGGCGCGAGGAAGGCCGUGAAGGAGAGGAGGGAGAGUGUGGAUAUGGGUGUUAAGGAGCAGGGGAGGAAGGCGAGGAGGAGGAGUAGGAGUCGAGGGGGUGGAGGGAGGACGCCGCCGUUACCGACGGUGCCUAUGCCGGGGCAUUAUAGAAGGUCAUGA